AUGGGAAAAUUCAUUACCACCGUGUCUCCGCCGCUUUACGUCCGAUCAAAGCUCCUCUGUUUCUCACUCCUCUACUUAUUCACAACUCUCUUUCUAUUCCUCUUCGUUUCUCUCUCUACAAACCAAUGCGUCUUUCGAUAUUCACCGUUCGAUCCGAUUCAAACAAAACUCUUCUCUUAUCCUUCUUCUUAUGGUGAACACAAAUACGCUCUUCCUACUCACAGAUCUUCUUGCUCUUCCCCUGUUUUUUUCUCAGAUUAUUGGACAGUGUUGAAGGAGAUACAGAGUAUUUGCAGUGAUUCAUCAUUGUCGGAGAAUUUGAGAUACAUUAAUGGAAAAAGUGAAACUUUUGGUGGGAAUUUCAGUACCCAGAAGAGAUUUUCUUAUUUCAAUCAUUCCAAAAACGACGUCGAAGUUCCAUGCGGAUUCUUCAGAGAUUUUCCGAUCAGUAAUUCCGAUAGAGCUGAGAUGGAGAAAUGCGGACUAGUAGUUGCAUCAGCCAUUUUUAACGACCAUGACAAGAUUAGACAACCCGUGGGACUAGGAGUUAAAACCCUUAAAACCGUUUGCUUCUACAUGUUCAUCGACGAUAAAACCCUAAACUCCCUCUUACACCACAAUGUCAUCCCGCAGAACAAUCCGAGAGAUUACAGAGUCGGCGCAUGGAGAAUCAUCAAAAUCUCAAAAUCCGAAAAUCUAUACCUUAAUCCGGCUAUGAACGGGGUUAUACCAAAGUAUCUAAUACAUAGAUUGUUUCCAAACUCAAAGUUUAGUAUAUGGAGUGACGCAAAAAUCCAGCUCAUGAUUGAUCCGCUACUUCUAAUUCAUUCGAUGUUAGUGGUUCCUAAGGCCGAUAUGGCGAUAUCUAAACACCCGUUUUUCGUAAAUACAAUGGAGGAAGCGAUGGCUACCGCGAGGUGGAAGAAAUGGGGUGAUGUGGAUGGGCUAAGAAUGCAAAUGGAGACUUAUUGUGAGCUUGGUUUGAAGCCUUGGAGUUCUCAUAAGUUGCCAUAUCCCACAGAUGUACCAGAUAGUGCGUUGAUAUUGAGAAGACACGGAAUACGAAGCAAUCUAUUUUCGUGCUUCAUGUUCAACGAGUUAGAAGCGUUUAACCCGCGAGACCAAUUGGCGUUUGCGUUUGUGAGAGAUCACAUAAACCCUAAGGUGAAAAUGAACAUGUUUGAUGUCGAAGUGUUUGAACAAGUAGCUGUUGAAUACAGACACAAUCUCAAAAAGAUCGAGACAUUUUCGUACGAGGAACAAGAAGAAGAACAGAAACAAGAAUCGUUGAAGACAAUAUAUAAGAGAAAAAGAUGGUUAGAUCGUGAAUCUUGGUUUUUUAAUAGUAGUAGCUCUAAAAGUUAUCUCAUGGAGAUGUGGGGUGAAUCUCACCAUUAA